GCUUUUAUUUUGAAUAACUUGUCCGGAAGCGUCUUUUUCGUGGGUUUCGUCCUGCAGCCUGAAAGCGCGCAUUUGUCGUCCUUUGUGCGUUCAGUCCGUGAGCGGCUCCAGAUUUAAUUCCAGAAUCCAGACUUCUCUAAGGGCACCAGUUCUGUUGUCUGCUUUUAUACUCUUUAUUUCUCCCGACGGGACGGAGAAAGAAGAAAAAAAGUUCUCUUCUGGUCCCAGCAGUCCCACAGCUAAACCACGAUGAUCACCAGAAGAAGAGGCCGCUCUGUGAAUGCCACAGAGCUGCAGUCUCUGGAGGUGGAAGUGGUUGAUGCUGUUGAAACUGAUGAAGAUCUCCCGAGUCCUUCUGAGGGGUUCCUGGCGGAUGAUAUGGACACCGCUGGUAUAGAGCUGGAGGACCUGUUUGGAAUCGAAGAUUUAAAAUGGACUCUUGAUAAAGACGCUUCGUCUCCACUCUUUGGUAUCGAUUUGUCUGAUUUUGGAGUGUGCAGUCCAAAGGAUCCAGACUCCGGGGUCGAAGCAUCAACAGGCUCCUCUCCAGACAGAAUGCAACCUGACUCGAAGACGAAGAACAGACAAAAUCAGACCAGGAACGUGAUCAACAAAAACGCCAUCGCUGCCAGAUUGAAUCGUCUCAGGAAGAAGGAAUACGUCGGCAGCCUGGAGAAGAAAGUCGGCGCCCUGUUUGCAGAGAACACCGGGCUCAAACAGGACAACACUCAGCUGACCAAGAGGGUGGAAGAGCUGGAGGAUGAGACCAGGUACCUGAGGGCUGUGCUGGCCAAUGAGAGCAUGUUAGCCCAGCUCUUGUCCAGGCUGAGCGGUGUGAAUGGGAUGAAAUUAUCUUCCUCGCUUUUGCAGGGGCACAACUCCAACGACCACGACUACGCGCUGCCGAGGAAGCGUGUGAAAGUGGAGGAGAAAGAGACAUCUGGUGGCGUGUGUCUGCACGUGGACAAGAACCACGUGUCGGUGGAGUUCUGCACUAAGUGUGCUGAGAGUGCAAGCACGUCUCUCAAAAUGUAGGGUCAAGUACUUCUCUGUUUUCAGAUAUUCAGACUGAACUGUAGAGGCUGGAUGAACACUGUUAAUUUACCUAAGAACUGCUGAAUGUGCAUGUGUUGAUGUGAUCAUGGAUUAACACGUUACUGCUAAACCUUGUUGACAGUUUCUUCUAGGUAAUGGUUGACGCACGAUGUGGGCUGAGCUCCUCUCUGAACACCUUUACCUGCUUGACUCCAUGUGGAUUCUGCUGGUGGAGGGGAAGAGGCUGGACAAGCAGCUGCCAACACGGCCUGGUAUUUUUUUAAAGGUAGUAUCGGUAACAAACGGUAUUCAUUAAUUAUCUUCCAGCAAUACUCCACUACACCUGCAGCUGCACGGCUGCUCCAUUCAGAUCAAAGCUAACAGUGGAUUUACAGCCUCAUGAUUAUGAGCUGUUUAUAUCUGACAUUUAUUCACAGAUACGUAAAAACAGUCUGCUUUAAGUGCCACUUUUUGAAGUGUGAAAACAUGUAAAUGUGUAAAUAACUUUGAGAAAUGUUGAAAAAUAAAUCAUAUUUUUAUUGUAAAUGACUUAGAAAUAUCUUUUCUCUGUCUUGAUCUGUACUGUUGAUAUUAAUGCUUCUCUUUUUUUCUCUCUGAACAGCAAGCUCUGCCGAUAAACGUCUUACUUUUCCUGAACAUUUGGGUCGAGUCUGGUAAAGGUUGUGAAACAAACAAAAUGGGAAGUAAAAAAGCACCCGACAUGAGGGGGGGUGUGAUCAGGAACAUGGUUUAGUCCAUCUGCUUCAGUCAAACACAGUCAGUCUUUGUCACAGCUGUUUUAUUUCCAUACUUCAGUAUAACCUGUAUGAAGGGUUUAAUGACGCAGGGGUUUUAGCUGUUCCAUGCAAAGCCUUCACAACACAUGUUUUAAAGUUUGGAGAGGGGCAGCCAGCCAAUCGGCGAUGGAUUCAACCCCCACCACUUACCACUUCUGGCUCCACCCCCAAAUCCACACACUCCCAUUAAGCAACUAAAGUUUUUCCUGUCCUUACUAAGAGUCUAUUGUUUCCUGAGCUCAUCAUCUUGGUACACAGAAACAUUAGCGUGGAUGACAGCGUGCUGUGUGCAGUGGUGGACAAAGUAAAUGUACUUGAGUACUGUAAUUAAGUAGUUUUUGAGUAUCUGAACUUUAUUUGAGUAUCAUUUUUUGUGAACUACUUUCACUCCACUACAUUUGUGUUUAGUUUUAUAUUUCAUGGUAUAAUUUUUAGAGAUGAAAUGAUGUUUUCUAGAUGAACAUAACAGUAGAAUGUACACCUAUGCAUUCUUGACUGCACUCGUGCUUUGUAAAAAGACGUUUUGAUAUUUUUUGAAAGUACUUUGAAUACUUCAGUAUUUUGAAAGGCAAGUACUUCCGAACUCAAGUAAUAAUUUGACGGAUGAACAACUUUCACUUGUAUUAGAGUAAUAUUUGCCCUGGAGGAUCUAUACUUUGACUGAAGUAAUGAAGUUGUGUACUUUGUCCACCACUGGCUGUGUUGGUGUAAAGUCAUGAGCUGACACGAGUUAUGAUUUGGGGCUUGUAUCUGAGCACCAAUACAGACGUAGGUCUGUUUUUGACAGUGUGAAAGAGUUCUCCAAUCUCUGACCCAGAUCCAGUUAGAUACUGUAGCUACUGCAUGAUGUUGAAUUAGAAGUGACCACAUCCCAUGAAGGCAGACUACUUCCCCGUGCUAUUAGCUAGUAAUGGCUUUGCUCUGCACAGCUAACAAUCCCACUGUGGAGGAACCUUAAAUGUUCCCAGACCUUUAACUGGUUUAAAAUUUUACCGUCUCAUUUCAGCCGUACCUAAUUGUUGUGCUGAUGCUGUUGAAAGCACAUACACCUUUAAGUUAUCUGAGGACACUGGAGGUUUGUAGUUCUGUAGUUUCAUAAAGGUCAGUGAAUAGAGAGUCCAUCCACCAGAAACCCAUGAGCAAAUCAUUCUCUCCAGUCAGUGAAGUCACAGAAGGGAUCUUGCUAAUAAACCGCUGGAACAGAAAGUGUCGUCCUUACACUGCAGUUUGUCCAGAAUAAGCACUAAAGCUAUGAAAACUUAAUCAGGUCUUUGGGAGUCUGGUACGCAGAUUUUGUAAUAGCCGUUUCUCAAAACCAUCAAAGUUCAAAUAAUCUAAAAGACACUGACUGAAGAAUAAAAGACAUGAACACUCAUGGGAAACAGCACACGACCAUACAGUGUUAGAUAUCAUUGAUUAAUGUCUACUGGUUUUAGAUGUCCAGGUGUCUUGUUAGAAAGUCACACAUCAAAUCCAAUGAUAGUAUUGAAGAUUUUAGCCCAGAUAUGAAACUACUUUGUUUCUGGGUCUGAUGUUUCAGUGAAGAUGAAGCAAAUGGUCCAACAGCCCGCUGUGAUGAUGAGUUUGACUUGAAGCAAAUGGCGCAAAACCUGCAGAAAAUAAUAAAUUCAUGAAUAAAUAGAUAAACAAACAGGAACCUCAGCAGUAAGAGGUUAUCAGUUCUUUAAAACCAUACGGAAAUAUUGAAGUGUGUUUAAAAGACAGGAAACAAACUGUUCAGAUUGCUUCUACGACAUUGAAUUGAUGAGUGGCUUCUUGUUAGUAACUAGUUCAGUGAAUAAGUUAGUGGAUAUGAUUAGAGGAUGUUAGUCCUGGCUGCAGCUCUGAGUGGUGUAUGAGAAGAUGACCACAGUCUUUGGAGUGAAGCUAAGAUUAUUGAUGACGAGGGGCAAGUUAACACCGUCCUGAUGGGUAGAGUUUCUUACUUCUCACAGAGUUCAUUUAAUAGAAACUCUGUUUACACGGUUUGGAACAAGAAUUUAAAGACCUGCAGCCUGUUGCACCAGCUGUGUGUACGUUGUGUCUUAAAUUAGGAUGUAAAGUCCACACUAAACCAUACGUUGAAACUAGUUAGUUUGUAACUUAAGUUGUGUCGAUGUUUGGUUGCACCACAGAGACGUAAUAUUAAUCUUAACUAGUAGACCGUAACGUCCAAACAAACCAAAAAUUACAAACUACAACAUACAUUAAUACUCAGGAGGGCAAAUCUUGGUCAUCAUAUUUUUCCAAAGGAUGUAAUCUGUAAUCUCUUGCGGAUAUUGUGUUGCUGCUGUAAUAUAGCUGGGAGAACCCUCUGUAUCUCCUCAUCUUCCAAAUGACCCCACAUUUCAAAACGACGCACCAUGCCAGCCGAUAUACUCUUACGAAGGACUUUACACCUACUAGGAGCUAAGUGUAAGAUUUAGGUUGUAACUUAGGCUGACGUUGGAACUAUCUCAGCUGGUGCAACACACAACAUUAGUAGAGAGAAAACUCCAUCCUAAAUGAGAAAUUACGUUCAGACUAGUCUAUGUUUGAACUUACACCCAGCUGGUGCAACAGGCUGCAGAACAGGAGUAAAAUACAGCACUGCAGGAUCAUAACAGUUAUAGUUUUAUUAGUUUUUUUUACAUGAAGCACUUUCUCAGGUACAUCUAACACAGCAUCAGUGACACAUUUGUGAAGUCUCAGAGCUUUAAUGCAGAGGAUGUUUCCUCAGUAAUUCUCUCUCAUUUUCAUGCAACAUGUACUGGAGGAGUCUAACUGAAGAUAGGAGCUCACACGCAGCACUUUUAAAGCUUUAAUGGAAAACUCUUAAACUUGGCCUGACACUGAUGUCAGCUGACUGUGAGCAGGUAAUAAAUACAUUUGGACAUACAGAUGUCCUCUGUUAAUGCAGCUGCUCUGAUCAGCUCGGUGCCUGAGUUAAAAAACUAGGAGUCAAACCGUUUUUCAUCCUGGUGUUCAAAAGUGUCAGCAUGUUGACUCAUUUCAUCACAGCAGAGUGUUCAGAGGGGUGGCAUGGGUCCACCUUAGAAUGUAAAGGGACCCCCCAAAAACCUAAACUAUGAUUGGUUGUUUGCCCUGCCAGAGGCGGGGCUUGUGUUCUAAUCGUUUUGGGUCGUGUGUUACAAGCCGAUAGAAGCUUUAAGUGUAGCACAUUUUCUUUUGUUGGUUCUUAUAUUUAUAUAAAAAAGAAUACUUCCCACGCUGGCCUGAAGAUGUCAGGUGUGUAUAGAUCAGGAAGGUUUCCAGGAAAUGUAUUUUUGACUUUGCAGUCAUUUGAUCCUUUAGACAAAUAUCUUCAGUCUGAAGAAAAAUAUGUUUCCACUCUGUUGUGUUACUCCAUAAGGAUAACAAAAUAGAACAGGAGUAUAACAUCUGUAUGAUACUUGAAAAUAAGUAGUAUAAAUGGUUGUGGUUUGUGGACACCCCUUAAUGAGUCAGAGCCCCAGUUCAGCCUCCUGAGGAAAAAAAUAAAAAAUCCACAUGA